GUCGCUGAUGUGCUCACGUCCUGCAUCCUGCGUGUUUUUGAUUUUGGUACGGGUACAGGUUAGGUUAAAAAGGGGUUAAAAACAAAAACCGUUCCAAACCAUUUCUUUUUGAUACUUUUGUUCUUAUUCAAAUCAGCAAAAUGCCAAAAAGAAAGCACGAUAAAAAGCCGGGAGAAGAGGACUUCGAAUUCGAUCCUAUUCCCAAGCAUUUAGUGGUAGCACACUUGAAAAACCAAGAGCAACGUCUGAUAAUAAUACUGGAGGGAGCACAACUUCAAACCUGCAAGAGGGGAACUAAUUACCUGUUGUUGAACUCUGAUGAUUUUCCAAAGUUGACGAAGAAUUCUCAAGUCGGACAAGACUUGCGACCUGACAUUGUACAUCAGUGCUUGUUAAUGCUGUUUGAUAGUCCUCUUAAUAGAGCUGGAUUAUUGCAAGUGUAUAUCCACACAGAAAGCAAUGUUUUGAUAGAAAUUAACCCACAGACAAGGGUACCGAGGACAUUCAAGAGAUUUGCAGGCUUGAUGGUUCAACUCCUCCACAAGUUUGCAGUAAGAGCUCAUGAUGGUCCAAAAUUAUUGAAAGUAAUAAAAAAUCCUAUCACAGAUCAUCUUCCUGUUGGAAUCAGGAAGAUAGAAAUGUCUUUCAAUUGCAAGAAUUUGAAGAAGCCAAGUGAGAUGGUGCCCAAAAAUGAAGAGCCAAUUGCUAUAGUUGUGGGAGCUAUUCCUAGAGGUAGUUUAAAUUGUGAUUAUACUGAAGAAACUGUUUCAAUUAGUAAUUAUCCUUUAUCUGCUGCUUUGACUUGUACCAAACUUUGUUCUGCCUUUGAAGAAGCUUGGAACAUAUUUUAAGUAUAAAUAAAUAUAACAUUUUUGAUUUUUGUUUAACAAUAAUAAUCCUAUAUAACC